AGGUAGCUAGCCUCUGCAUCGUCGCUCCUUCCCCAAAGGUCGCUCGAUCGAUCAUGUUCCCCUCCGAGUGCGUGCUCGAACGCCGCGUGCGUUCCGACGGCGACAAGGAACUUGCAGACCCGAGCCUCCCGCUCUUCAUCCUAAAGUGCGAGCACAGGAAGGCCGACAGGUACGAACUCGACCCCUACGACUACAACCAGACGCUUCAGGGCAUGGUCAUCGGAGUGUGUCUCGCGGACGCGCCGGCGGCUGUCUCCUACCUGGUCAUCCUAGGCGCCGGGGUGUACGCCCAAAUCGCAGCUGUCGACAAGACCCUCAUCGUCAUCAAGCUCUCCUUCGCGGGCACUGGAGGCCGGUUGUCCUAUCUCAUCUACGACGCCGUUGCCUUGUCGCUCCGCUUGAUCCCCCUGCAGCCAAGAGACCCCAAUUGGGCCUAUACCCUUAGCUACAACAUCUCCAUCGCGCGCCCAUACCAGGGCGACGCCACCUACGCCCUGGUCCACACGGGUCAGCUGGCCGGCCCCGAGCCCCAGGAGGGUGAUUCUCUCUACCUAUGGCGGCCCUCCUCGUCGUCGUCGCCGCCCUGGUCGGAGCGCAAGCAGUGCAGCUUCCCGGAAGACUGGAUCACCAACAAGAUCGACAUGGAGUUCUCCUUCUACGGCCAAGCCUACUGGGUGGACCUCGUGUGCGGCGUCUCCUUCUGCUGCUGCGACGCCCUCUUCGACGACAACAGCGGCCCUGCUGUCCAGUUCGGCUUCAUCCCCCUGCCCUUGGAGGAGAGGGGCCACUACCGCAACCUCAAGCUGCUGGCGCAGCCUUCUGCGUACCGGACCAUGGGUGUCGUCUCUGACUCCUUCAUCAGGUUCGUCUCCAUCGACGGCUUCAUGUACCCCGUCAAACUCAAGAACCGCACCGUGACUGUGUGGAAGCUCUCCUGUGACGACCAGGACGAUCCGUGGGAGUUGGAGCACGAGUUCAGCCUCAAGAUGUUGUGGGGGUUCGAGGGGUUCGCCGACCUGCCCAAGGACCUCACGCCCAUGUACCCCCUCCUCAGCACCAAGGACACGGACGUCAUCUACUUGGCACUCGGCGAGUGCUUCGAGAGCAUUUACAAGAGCUUUAGGAAGUUCAUCCCGUGCAGUGCGCGCUAUCUGCUCGCGAUUGACAUGCAGAAGAAGAUCGUCACAUCUGUACCUCUGGCGCACUGGAUUCCUGACCAGCACGUCUCUUGCGGUUUCAGCAGGUAUCUCCGUGAUGCUCUAGUUGGACCCUGUAAUGAUGAAGGAAUCCCCUCGACAAAGGACGAGCCUAGGCUCCAUGGAGGAGAGGCUCCCAAUCCCCAAUACCCCAUCCCCACCGAGAAGAAGAAUAAUAAGCGUAGGAGGUAGCAUACCCAGGCGCUGCUCAUGCAACCAUAUACUCCUAUAUUUCUCUCCGUAAUUAAUUUUCUGUUAAGUUACCGAGACAUGCUUAUCCUAUGUGGACCAUGUUGAAUAUUAAUAUGCACUGUAAUUUAG